CACACGCUCCCCUCGGCUCGCCGCUGCGGUUGCCGGGCACCUGUCACUCCGGCCCUCCUUUUUUCUUUCGAUGCAGCUGCUUGUUGGUUAGCCGGCCCGUCGUCUACCACCUGGCCCUGCUGCCCCGGCCAGGCCGCGACCGCGAUUGGACGCCGGCCGGCCCAGCCGGCCUCGCGUGCGCGCGCCGCGCGCGGCGGCCUUUUAAACGGCACCUCGCCCUGAGCUCACGGGCUGCUGCUUGCCUGUGCUCUCGGCGGCGGCAGAACAUAUAUAUAUCUAGGUGGCGCGCGGCCGGUGGGGUAGAUGGGGCGGCAGCCGUGCUGCGACAAGCUGGGGGUGAAGCGGGGGCCGUGGACGGCGGAGGAGGACCGGAAGCUCAUCAGCUUCAUCCUGAGCAACGGCCAUUGCUGCUGGCGCGCGGUGCCGAAGCUAGCCGGCCUGCUGCGCUGCGGCAAGAGCUGCCGCCUGCGCUGGACCAACUACCUCCGCCCGGACCUCAAGCGCGGCCUCCUCACCGACGCCGAGGAGCAGGCCGUUAUCGACCUCCACGCCAAGCUCGGCAACAGAUGGUCAAAGAUUGCUGCCAAGCUACCGGGAAGGACUGACAACGAGAUCAAGAACCACUGGAACACCCACAUCAAGAAGAAGCUGAUCAAGAUGGGCAUCGACCCGGUCACGCACGAGACCCUCGACCCGAAGACCAGCAGCCCGGCCACAACGCAGUCCGUCGUCACGGCCGAUUCAACCAAGUCCGACGAGGCGACCAAGCAGCAGAGCCCGCAGAGCGACGCCAUGAGGGACGUGUUGGCCGACGGUUCCAGUCCGACGGAAUCGAGCGCGAACACCGUCAACACGGGCGGAAGCAUCAACAGCAGCCACGACCAGGACCCGCUGGUGAAGUGGCUCCUGGAAGAGGACCCGCCCACCGGCGACGAGCCGUGGCUCAACUUCACCGGCAGUGUCGACGUGGACGAGCUCAGCAGCAUCGCCGCCGGUCCGGAGUUGCCGUGGGACGGCGCCACCGACUGGCUGCUCGACUACCAAGAUUUUGGAUUGGGGGACUCGAGCUUGGUCGAUGGCUACAUGAUCAACAGCUCAAACGGAGCAAAUUAAGUCAUAUUAGCUAGCUACAGCCGGCCGGUGAAGAAGAUGAUGAUGUAUCAGCUUGUGUGUUGCUACUAGUGUAGAUAAGUAAUAAAAAAAACAUGCAUGCAUGUGGAAGUUGUGAUUUGUCAAAGGUGAAAUGACCAGAUCGAAGGGUGAUCAAGAGUUCUUGCUCUCCUUGAUCGAUCCAACCAACGGUUGGGAUGCAUAUAUAUUAAUGGGGGUGUAGUAGAGAGAGGUGUAGAUUUAGCUCUGUUGCUUUUUUUUUACCCCUUUGAGGUUAAGGGGUUUGUGUUACUUGAAAGAUGUGUUUCUUCUCAAAGAGAAGUGGUAGAACUUCUUGCUGUCGUAUACUACAUGCUUGCAAUACAGAAUUGGUGGGUGAUUAGGUGGUGUAGUUAUACUUUGGUGUGUAUAUAUAUGUGUAUUAUUGUUAAGUUGCACUGC